GCAGGCAGCAGGUUUCAUGUUGCACAGUGACUGCUCGCCUCCAGCAGAGGUGGUCCACUGGGCAGGUAGAUAUACAUCACACUUAAAGCUGCUAAAACUGGAUUUGUCAGGAUUGGGUUUUACGUAGACCAGUCGUAGUCCGCACCAGGCACCAGAACCACAGAGGACGACUGUUGGAGAAGAAGAGGAUGAAGACAGAAGGGUGUCUCUGUGGUUCUCUUUCCAUACUGGUUUAAUCUGGAUUAUCUUCUGUCACAGGAACAGUUUGCCUUUCUAAACAAAAAACUAAAGCUGAACAUCUGAUAAAUUUGGUCAUGCAGUCUUUGACUCGGGAGAUCCAGAGCUUUUCCCGGACACGACUGCGGAAGCAAUGUACCCGUGUGACAUCACUGAGUGGCCGUCGCAUUAUUGAGACCUGGAAAGGUUCAACAAUUACUGUGGUCGAAGACCCUGUCCCACCAGAGAAGAUGCUGGGCUAUGUCCCUGAUACUUCCUGGGACCUCCAGGUUGGCAUUGUCAAGCCUUUCCUGCUUCUGGGUUCCCAGGACGCUGCACAUGACUUUGGCAUACUAAGAAAACACAAGGUUUCGCACAUCCUGAAUGUGGCCUUUGGAGUAGAGAACGUGUUUUCAGAUCUGUUCAUCUACAAGACCGUCAGUAUUCUGGAUCAACCCGACACUGACCUGCUGCAGUACAUCCAGGACUGCUGUGACUUCAUCCAGCAGGCUCACAGAGAGAAAGGUGUUGUGCUGGUCCAUUGUAAUGCCGGUGUGUCACGUGCACCAUCUGUGGUCAUUGGUUACCUGAUGUCAUGUGAUGGACAGUCCUAUGAAGAUGCGCUCUCAUUGGUGAAGUCUGCCCGGCCUGCUUCCUCCCCCAAUCCUGGCUUCCUGGAACAAUUGAGAAACUACAAACUGCCCACAAUGAACGGGUCUAAAGACUGAAGGCAAAGUUUGGGGGAGGUUAUACAGUUUGACAACAAAUCUGUGUGAUUGUAAUAAAAACAUUGUAAAGUAAUUACAAAAUCUGCUAUGAUAAAAAUACAUUUUCUGUUGUUUUUUUUUAACAAGGCAAAAACGCUUUUCGCAUUUUACAGAAAAUGUUACCAAACAUCGCAAUAAAAUGUGAACUUUGAGAAUAGGUUUAGUUCCUGUUUAAUUUAUAUUUAUUCUCCUGUGUUAUAGAACUUUUUGUGGAUUUUGGCAUUUUAAAUGUCCUCCGUGAGCUACUUACCAGCUACAACAUCUAUCUUUUGUUCUGAAGUUUUUUUCUGUAUUAAAGCUACUGUUCAGUGGUGCACUUUUUUGUACAGUACCUCAGCAAUAAUGCAACACUUUAUCAUGUAUUGAAAUCCCCUGAGCUCAGGUUAGUUUUUUUUACAUAACAUCAGUUCACAAAAGGUGUAUUCUCAAGGCCCUUUACAAGACAAAAAGAUCUCCAGUUACAUAUAUUACAAUUCAAUCCUUGUUAUAGAAUAAUGUGGUCAAGUUCCCAGAGGGUAAAAACGUUUUCUAUCAAGGGAAACCCACAAUCCCUCAUACUAAGGAAUGCAUGUGAGGACAGUGAAAACAAAACACAAAAAAUACCUCUCUUUAAGAGGAAAAAACCUUCAACAGAAUCUGGCACAGUAUGAGCGUCCAUCUACUGCGACUGAUCUGGUGUUGAAGACAGAGCAUACACAGAAGCACUGACCCAGGAGUACUUUCUAUGUUAAGUAGUGUCACACACACUACUGAAAUGCUCUCACACACUACUGAAAUGCUCUCACACACUACUGAAAUGCUCUCACACACUACUGAAAUGCUCUCACACACGCCCUAUUGAAACGCUCUCAGAUACAAUACUGAAAUGUGUUCAAAUUAUUUCAGUAGAAACGGAAAGACCUUAAGCAAAAGUGCGACCUUUGUCAUUGCAGUGUUUGUCACAAGCGUUUGUUCCAAGAAGUUAUCAUCCCUACACUUUCUCAAUUUUUUUAAAGAUGUGUAACUAUACAUAAAAUCAAUAUCAGACUACCAACAAAAAGGCUCCUAAAAUAAUUUAUAUAUGUACAUUUUUGAAUGUAUUUGUUUAAUUAACACAACUGAUUGUUUGUUCAUGUCAGUGUUGUAUUCUUCUGUAUACCUCCGUAAAGUAUAUACUUGGUAU